AUGGCAUCAAUAGCAACCCAUUUCUCCACCGCCUUGAUCCUUGUUCCAGUUGGGCUACGCCGCCUCUUCUGCUCCUCCUCCCUCUUCCUCAAGAACCCAUCUUUAUUUAGAUCGAAAACGUGGUAUCUAUCUGAUACUAAAUGGAAGAAUGUUGAUUUAUACAUACUCACCAUAGCCCUUCCUAUUGCUUCUUUCUCUGAAAUCUUCCUUUUCUUGUCUUUUUCUGGUCACCCAACUUACCGUUUCUCAUUCUUGCAUCAAUCGCUGGUUCUUCUCCUUUACUGGGUGCUGACCUUUUUGUUUCUUUUGCGUAAUAGCAUUGACCCAUUAGCUCUUAAUGAUAAUUUCUUGUUUGCAUUUACGGGGAUCGUGUUCUUCAUAGAGUAUUCAGUCAUUGGCAAUGGAAUUUCUGGUCUUAUUGAUGGGGCUGUUUAUGGUCUGUGUCGUGAUUUGACCAUUAUUUGUGGUUGCUGUUGCUUAUAUUUGGCUAUUAGGCCUAAUGCCUUUUUUGUGGAGUUUUGUUUUUGCUGUGCGUUGCUUUUGAGGGGGACUUGGUUUUUGCAAGCUGGAUUGUCUUUAUAUAACGACUUCUUUGUUUUCAAGGGGUGUCAUAAGAUAAUGGUUUCUCCAGAAAAUGAAAAUGCUGAUAUGAAGUGUGAUCUUGAAGAGGAUGGACUGAGGGGUGUUGCAUUGGCUAAUUUGUUGUUUAUUGGCCAUGUAAUUGCGGUCUUGCUUGUGAGCUUUGGGGUAUUUGGUUUGUUGACAACUAAUAGAAUUUCAAGGCAUGGUGAGGCAAGUGGUGCAUUGCUGGCAGGGCUUGAAUCUGACAGUCAUUCAAUACGCCAACUUCCUGAAUUUGAGCUGGAAUGA